UUGAUAAUUAAUGCCCAGUCUAGAAGUUUAUAUAUUUACAAAAUUUAAUUGUGAUGAAUACAUAUAUGUACGAGACUUUUCAUACAAAUUAUAUGUACGAAGUCUGGUUUGUUUAAAAAAAAGGAAUAUUUAAACGAGAUGUUAGACCAUCUUUAACGCGGAGGAUUUGUGGUCCUUAACGAGAUCCUUAAGCAUUAAUGUUGAUUUAAUUAAAUGGAAAACAAAUAAAUGCUAGAUAAUCGAUCCUUAGUGGGUUGAUUUGGUGACCGAAAAUAUCAAGGGUUAUUAAAACACGUGUCAGCUGCUCAUUUAUUUGUAUUUUUUUUCUUUUUCUUUCCUUUCUUUCUUCUAAUUUAUUUUGUAACCGUUUUGUUCUUGUUUUCUCCGCGAAAAGAAAAUGAUCAAAACCGACGACGGAAACGACGAUUCUGUCGGUCCACUCGACGUCUCCUCCGUCUUCGCCGUGAUUAGAAGGAUCGAAACCCACCACGGACGACGACUCUCUCGGUCCUCAACGCGGCUCCUCCGUCUUGUCUUGUUUUCUCCGUCGGAAGAAGGGUCUAAAAUCCAUCACAAUCGACGCCUCUCUCGUUCCUCACCGCGACUCCUCCGUCUUGUCUCCUCACCGCGACUCCUUUGACUCGUCCGUCUUGUCUCCUCACGAAGACUCCUCACCGUGACUCCUCUGACUCCUCCGUCUUGUCUCCUCACCGCGACUCCUCUUACUCCUCCGUCUUGUCUCCUAACCGCGACUCCUCUGACUUGUCUCCGUUAGAAGAUGGAUCGAAACCCACCACAAUCGACUACUCUCUCGGAGCCCACCGCAUCUGCUCUGUCGGUUCUCAUCUUCUCCGAGUGAAGAAUGGUUCAAACCCAUGACUUCCCGUGGAGUUUGAGCUCUGGACAUGAGGUCCUCCGACUGAAGUCACAACCAGAAGGAGUUCUUUUUUGAAGUUCAGUGCAAACUGUGGGUGAGAGAGUCAAGAGAAGUCACAAGAUUGCAGAGAGAAGUCACAAGAUGAAUGCGAGUAGUCACAAUGCCACAAGAGAAGUCACGAGAUGUUUGGUUAAACAUGUCACGGGAAGAGGUCAGAGACACAAUGCCACUAGAGAAGUCACGAGAUUACAGUUGUGAUAUGUCUGUUUGUGGACUUUAUGUUUGUCUGUAUGUAACUUUAAGUCACGAGAUUUUUAUGUUGCUUAUGCAGAUUUAUAUAUAUAAUUUAUAUGUCACGAAACUUUAUGCUUCUCUCCUUCUCUAUAUAAAGUAUUGAGACAUGAAGUAUUUUUUUACAAAGUGAUCGAACACACUCCCUUUCUCUUCACCAACACACUCUCCUUUUUUUCACCAACAAGUUUCAUCUGAUCACCGAGUCUUCUCUUUACCAUCACACUUUCAUCUGAUCACCGACUCUUUUUCUCGCACCAAAACACUCUCUUUCUCUUCACCAUCACACUCUCCUCACCAAAACUAUUCACAUGGCAUCUUCAUCCCAUAAUACGUUUGAUGUACAAGAUGGUGAAAGUUUUGAUCAAUAUUUUGAUCGGUAUGUUGAUCAAUAUUUUGAUCAAACUUUCGAGAGUUUAGCCAUUAAUCAUGGUGAUCAAGAAGUCCAAAAAAAAAAGAGGAAAAAACGAGUUCACAUCGAAAGGAACCGUGAAGAAGGCAAUGUACGUUUAUGGGAAGAUUAUUUCAGUGAAACCCCAACUUAUCCUUCUAAUCUAUUCCGACGGCGAUUCAGAAUGAACAAACCAUUGUUCAUGCGUGUUGUUGAUCGACUCUCCAAUGAAGUUGAAUUCUUUCGACAAAAGGAAGAUGCUCUCGGCCGGCUUAGUCUCUCUCCACUUCAAAAGUGUACAGCAGCCAUUCGUGUCUUGGCAUACGGUAACGCCGCUGAUGCUGUUGACGAAUACCUCCGACUCGGUGAAACAACUACUCGUUCAUGUGUAGAACAUUUUGUCGAAGAAAUAAUAAAUUUAUUCGGUGAAGAGUACCUAAGAAGACCAACACCGGCUGAUCUUCAACGUCUACUUGAAGUUGGUGAGUUCCGUGGAUUUCCCGGUAUGAUAGGAAGCAUCGAUUGUAUGCAUUGGGAGUGGAAGAAUUGUCCCACCGCUUGGAAAGGGCAAUAUUCACGUGGUUCCGGAAAACCCACAAUUGUUUUAGAAGCGGUUGCUUCUUUUGAUCUCUGGAUAUGGCAUGCGUUUUUUGGACCGCCAGGUACUUUAAAUGAUAUCAAUGUUCUUGACCGCUCACCUGUUUUUGAUGAUAUAAUACAAGGUCACGCUCCGGCAGUCACUUACUAUGUCAAUGGAAGGGAGUAUCAUUUGGCUUACUAUCUCACCGACGGUAUUUAUCCGAAAUGGGCUACUUUUAUCCAAUCAAUUCGGGAGCCACAAGGGCCGAAAGCGGUUUUAUUUGCUAAACACCAAGAAGCUAUCCGAAAAGAUGUCGAGCGUGCUUUUGGAGUCUUGCAAGCUCGCUUUGCAAUUGUUAAAAACCCGGCACUUUUUUGGGACAAAGGCAAAAUUGGGAAUAUUAUGAGAGCAUGUAUCAUACUCCAUAAUAUGAUAGUGGAAGAUGAACGAGAUGGAUAUACUCUGUCUAAUCUUUCCGAGUUCCAACACGGAGACGACCCCGGAAGUUCACAUGUCGAUCUCGAUUUUCAAACGGAUAUCCCUUCAAAUAUCACCAAUAUGAUGGGUGCUCGAAGUAGAAUUCGUGAUCAACAUAAGCAUCAACAACUGAAAGCGGAUUUGGUUGAACAUAUAUGGCAUAAAUUUGGACAUAAUGAAGACAUCAACUGAGUUCGGAAGUUUGUUUUCGAAUUAUUCUCGAUUAUUGUACUAAUCUAUAUUUUCAUGUUUUUUUUUAAAUUUAUGUUUUAAAUGUUAUCUUUUAAUAUAUUUUAUUUAAUAAAUAAAUUUUAUUAAAAAAAA